CGCCCAGCAUUCGCGAUGGUCACGGUGGGACCCUCUUUGUGCCUAGUUUUUGUAUUUUGUGGUGCCCAGAGUACAGGUCGAUCUAACCCAAACUGCCACCUGUACUCGACUUCGACCGCCGCAGGCGGAACAAACGGCGCUGCCGCCACCGCACCGCACACCGCGGCGCGAUCCCAACGCUCCAUUCCUCCCGCCGCAAGUCGCUCAUCCACCCACCCACCUCAGCACAACUCGACAGAAACCCUCGCUCCAAAACUUACCCCGCUCCCCUUCCCUCCCCUUUCCUCCUUCCUCUUCCAAUCCCCUCCGCUCCUUGUCCGUUUCGCCCACCGACGCCACGCCCCACUGCUUCCCUCUUCCCUCGCCAUGGUCUUUCUCGCCGACUCGUCCUCCUCCCGAAUCCAGCGCUCCCUCGGCCGCUCCAUGCGCACCCUCCGUUCCAACCUAUUCCGCAACGAUCCGCCCGCCGGCGCUUCGCCGCAGGCGGGCUCCGCCGCUGUAUCAGAGAAUUUGACGGACUCGCUCGUCGACUUCCAGCUGCAGCAGCUCGCCGUCGGCCCUCCCCGCGGUUCCGAUGCCAAGUCCGCCGCCUCCUCCGCUGAAUCUGUUUCCGAGAUUCUCGAGCUAUCGCGGGAUUUCUCUGACUGUUCCGGCUUCAGCUCGGAUAUAUCCGGCGAGCUCCAGCGGCUCGCCUCUGCGCCACCCGCUGAGGCGCAGCCGAGCCCCUCGGCGUCCGCAGCCGCCGAUGCUGAGGCGUACGAGUUCGUGUUUGCCUUGUCGUCGUCGUCGUUGGAGGCCAUCGAGAGCGCUUCGGUCGAGAGCAUCGGGCCGGCGGUUGGCGCGUGCGUGGAGGCGCUUGGGGCGUCGUCCCCGGAGUUGAAACGGGCGGCGGCGGCGGGGAUACGGCUCUUGGCGAAGCACCGGUCGGACUUCCGUGCGCUGAUCGGGGCAUCGGGGUCGAUUUCGGCGCUUGUGCCUCUGCUGAAGAGCAUCGACCCUGCGACGCAGGAGAGCGCGGUGACGGCGCUUCUGAAUCUCUCGCUGGAGGAGGAGAACAAGAAGCCCAUCACUACCGCGGGGGCUAUCAAGCCGAUGGUAUACGCGCUGCGGACGGGGACAGCAGUGGCUAAGCAGAAUGCUGCCUGCGCACUGCUUAGCCUGUCGAUGAUCGAGGAGAACCGGGGGGCAAUCGGUGCCUGCGGGGCGAUUCCGCCGCUGGUGUCUCUGCUCGUGAGCGGUUCGAGCCGGGGAAAAAAGGAUUCCCUAACCACGCUGUACAAGCUGUGCUCGGUCCGGCGGAACAAGGAAAGGGCUAUCAGCGCCGGGGCGGUGCCUCCACUGGUGGAGCUGGUGGGGGAACGCGGCGGCGGCACAGUCGAGAAGGCGCUGGUGGUGCUAGGAAGCCUGGCUGCGGUGCCGGAGGGUAAGGAUGCGGUGGCGGAAGCGGGAGGGAUCCCGGUGCUGGUCGAGGCAAUGGAAACCGGACCAACAGCUGGGAGAGAGUUCGCUGUGCACGCGCUGCUGCAGCUCGCCGCUGAAAGUCCCCAUAUCCAAAGGCUUCUCUUGGGCGAAGGCGCAAUCCCACCAUUGGUUGAGCUUUCGCAGGCUGGCUCAACGCGAGCUAAGCGCAAGGCAGCGAUGCUGCUGGGCUAUUUGCGGGAGUUGCGGCACUAGAACAACUCCUCUGCGCCAGCCAUGGCAGGCUAAAGAUCACUCGGAAUUGGCUCUUCCUCUCACAGCCUCUUGAUAAGAUAGAAUCCCAGAAGCUAAAUGACUCAUUAUUUGCACAACUUGGCUUAUGAAUAGCACCUUCAAACUGCAGUGAUGGUCACUGCUAUGUCUUAUAUGACCUUGGAAAUAAUUUAUCCAUGGCCACAUAUCAAUUUCAGGAGUCAUUGUCAACAACACAGCACAUAAACUCAGGUAUUCUAACACAAUUGUUAUUGUAUUGCAAGCAAUUACUGUAAUCUCUGUGGCCAAGCAUCCGUUUUAGUAGAUAUUGGUUGAUAAGUGUGUUGGCUAUUCCAGCCAGCUGAGGGUUGAGAUGGUGAUAGCUUUAAGUGCCUGUAUCAAUACAAAAAUGUGUCUUGGGACUCUGUUGGCUUUGAA